AUAACGUGCAAAAAAAAAACUUAUAAUAUAGAAAAAAAUAUAUAUAACAUAAAGAAGAAUCAAGAUUUUAAAAAAUACUAUUAAUUUUUUUUAGUACAGUGUCAAUUUUCAAACUAAAGAAAGAAUUUACUUGUCAAUUUAAUUUGAAAAAUUUUAAACUUCAAAAUUCUUGACGGAUUUCCUUUCAUUUCAAGUGUUUUGAGUGGCAAUCCAAGUUUCUAUAAAGUUUUCUCCUUUAAGUAAAUUUUGUUGAAAAGUCAAAGAGAAUAUUUUACAUUCAACAGAACGAAAAAUGAAUUGGAUCAAAGUAACUACUAUUGGUUUUGCAGUUUUAUUCAGCAUAAAUAUAAUUGCUUCUGUACAUUCGGCACCUGUAGAUAAUCUUGAUAAUUCAAUAAAUGAUUUGUAUGAGUAUCUGUUACAAAGAGAAUAUACGGGGCAUGUGCCCUUGUCUGAGCACCAAAUGGAGCGGAAGGCUGUUAGAUCUCCAUCGUUAAGGCUUCGGUUUGGACGACGAAGUGAUCCAGAUAUGCCAUUGCUACACGAAAUUGAACAAGAGGUUGAUAAAAGAGCACCUUCAGCCAGAUUACGCUGGGGAAAACGAGAAAUGAGUUUCUUUAAUGAGAAUGCAUUUAGUCAAGAUACAUUGAGAAGGCUUGCGCAGCGAUCACCCUCAGUAAGACUAAGAUUUGGACGGUCAGAUCCAUUAUUAGGGAAAAGUAACUAUGAUGCACAAAAUAAUGCACAAAUCAUUGAUGAUUCGAUUGAGAAAGGAGUUGGAACUACUCAACAGUUGGAGAAUUAAACCAAAAAGCUUACAUGAACAUAACUUCUCAAAAUAUUUAUUUUUGUAUGCAUGUAUUUGGUUGUAAGCAUACAUUAAACACUUUUUAAAUUACUCCUAAAAAAAUAUAAAAAUUCUAGUGCUAUUUAAGCAACAUCAAAGAAAAUAUAAACAAAAAGAAUGUGUCUUUUGUGAAAAUAUCUUGAAAGAAUAAAUACCUGUAUUUUAAUAAAAAUUUUAAAUAAAACUCGCUUAUUCUCUCCAAAUAUGUUUUUAGGUUUCACAUUAUUUGUAAUUUAUGUUACAUGAAUUUUAUGUAGUAUAACCACAACAGAUUAGGUAAUUUUUUUAAACCUCGUAGUUUUUUAAACCUUUUUUUUUUAUUAUGAGUAUUAAUCAGGUUUAACGAAAUUUGUAUAACAUGAACAUUUAGGUAAUGUUAGCGGAGAAAAGACGAGUUUUAAAUUUUUUUCAUACACAUUUCUUUAUGUAAAUCGCUAUGUAAGAAGGGAACAAAUAUUUGUGAAAAAAAUUACAUCCCUACUUGUAAUUUAUUAAUAUAAAAUAUGGUCAGUAGCCCUAUAUGAGAGAAUGCAAUCCAUUUCAAUCCGAAAAGAACAUCACCAAGUGAAUACUUUGAAAAUAGAUAAGAAACAAUUGUUUCAAUAUGUUAACAAAAAAUAUUUUAAAUAACAUUCAUCAAUAAAUAAAAAUCAUUGAAA